AGAAAGAAAAGGAAGUAAUGGGAAAGGGAAAGGGAAAGGGAAAGGAAAGCAACCCUGGCUCUCUCUCUCUCUCUCUCUCUCUCUCCUCUCUUCUCUGUGGGUGUGUCUGAUUUUUGUAUUGUAUGAUUACAACCCAGUCAAAAAAGGACCCAUCAAGAACUGGGGGAUUCAAAGUGGCAAAGAGAGAGAGGGGGGCAGCCCCAAAACGAAUCCAUAAGUAAUUUGAAAGCUGACCCAUCAAUUCCAAUACUUCCCCUCAUGUCCCCUUCAUCUCCCUUAAAUCCCAAAUAUCCCUUCUUCCUCUUCCACUCCUCGCUCAUUCACUCCCCACAAGCAUAGCCCCAGCAGGAAGGUGAAGGAGGAGGAGAUGCCGAGGCCGGGGCCGAGACCUUACGAGUGCGUGCGAAGGGCAUGGCACAGCGAGAGGCACCAGCCAAUCAGAGGUUCCAUCAUCCAGCAGAUUUUCAGGGUCGUCACUGAAGCUCACAGCUCAGCAACUAAGAAGAACAGAGAGUGGAAGGAGAAGCUCCCGGUCGUCGUCCUCCAAGCCGAGGAGAUCAUGUAUUCCAAGGCCAAUUCCGAGGCUGAGUAUUUGAACCUUGAAACUCUGUGGGAACGGGUGAAUGAUGUCGUUGACACGAUAAUCCGGCGGGACAAGAGCAGUGAAACGGGAGACCUCUUGCCUCCUUGUGUCGAAGCCGCUCUGAAUUUGGGCUGUGUUCCAGUAAGAGCUUCGAGAAGCCAAAGGCACAAUAACCCAAGAACCUACCUUACGCCAAUAGGGCAAGACCCCCCUUCCACUCUCUUGCCGAACAAGCCCAACCAGCCGAGCCAUCCACAAACCAAGGUUGCUUGUUGCAGUUACCCAGUUUUGUAUGAGAAUACUCGGUGCACAUAUAAACCGCAGAAUGUAGAAACCAACUCCGCACCCAUCUUGGGUUCUGCUUAUCCCUUAUACUAUGGGAAACACCACCUUGCUGAGAAGUCCCAUGUGGGUCCGGGAGUUCCCAAGAGACAAAGCUCCAAAGCUGUCCUUGUGGGCACUCCAGUAGGGACAUCCAUUGCUGAGAGACCUAGGGUUGGUUCCUUGAAAUGCCUUCUGUCCCAUGAGAAAACUUCGAACAGCAGCAAGGAUGCGGAACCAGGUGACAGCUACAGGAUGAGGGAAUGUGACUUGUCCUUACGGUUGGGCCUGUCAUACGAACCAUGCGAGAGUAAGGAAAGGAGUUCAGGAGAUGCUGGGUCGAGCAAUUCACAGGAAUUCAGUUUCUUUCCCAGGGAAAGCUACUACAAUCAAUCUCUGUUCAAAUAACUCAAUUCUAGUGUAGAGAUCAUCGGGUUUUCGGAGAUUGAGCUCCCGCUCCAUGCCCACAGGUUUAGGAUCCGACGAGUUCCGUGUUUUGUAGUUAUAUAUAUAUGACUUUUGGAAAUGGAGAGAUGCACUGAAAGUAUAUGAGCCCUUAAUUCGAUUUCAUGUUUC